AGAGAGGAGGAGGAGAGAGGAGGUGCUGAAAGGGACUCGAUACCGCCCCCCCCGAAAAAGCCUGGAAGAAUUGCGCUCCGUCAGUGCGCCCUGCCUGCCAGUCGGAGGAUGGGGAUUUUUUUUCCAUUCAUCCACGUCCCCUUUUUCCCUCCUCCUUCUCUCAAACAAGCCAGUCGGUCUGUCAAUGUGCUGCGAGCAUUAGGGCAAGUCAAACCAGUGGGAUUUUGAGGCAGAGAGACGGAUGAGAUAACGAAUGAAGCGCUUUCCUGUGGACGAGAAGCGACGCGUCCAGCUCUCCAAAUGAUGCGCUGCAUCAGACAGGCGUCAAUUUCCAACAAGGACUGAUGCUCACAACUCACAUCUUAUUAUUUAUUUUUUUUAAUCACUUCACAAGUUUCACGUUGGCCUUUGUGCGACAUUAUUAGAGUGGGGAUGCUUUUCUAGGUCUUUGGUUUGUUUCAGUUUUCUUGUGUUUGUAGCUUGAAUUCUUGGACUUAUCAUCGAUUUUGGAUUUGUUUUUUUUUCCCCUUUCCUUUUUUUUUAAUUCUCAACGAAUCCUUUGCUGAAGGAUUUGCGGAUUUACAACCUGCGUGUUUUCACAAAGCGGAGAAAUAAGGAUCGUAAUGCGCAUUGACUAAGCCCACCGAGCAUCAACAUGUCUUUAUGAGGAUGGAGCUGUGGACACGAGUGACAUCUUUUCCAUUUUAAAAAACGCUCUACCUUCACUGUUUUUGGCCUGAUCUCGAUUGCUCCCUUCCAACAGACUGACAAUAUUUCUUUCUCGGUCCAGCCUGAUAUGUUGGAAGGUAGAUCUUCUUGCGAGAAAACAAGGUAAUGGGAGAGAAAUCACACAGAGUCUGCACAGAGAACAAGGGAACAUUGUUCGGAAAAAGACAAUUAGGGCGCACCGAAAGGCAACAGAAAUAGCUUCUGGGUGGCGAUAAAUUUCAGAGAUUUCGAUUCAGUGGAGUUAUAUUUUGAAGCCGAGGAGCACUGGUUUUGGAAAAAAAACGAGGACUAAUGAGAAAUUAACGGGAAAGUCAUGGGAUUGGCACUGAAAUAGUACGAUCGUGGACGCGCAGAAAAACCGUCGUUUUUUUUUGGAGAUCCUGACGCACGGAUUGAACAAGUUUCUCCUGCACAUUUCACAACCUGCUUUUGGUUCGAUCCACUAUAAUUUGAUGAAUUGUGGAUCCAUGAGGUUGUGUAGAGCGGGCUUUCACUUCACACUUUGACUGCCUCUACCUAUAGCCUGAUCGGCUUGUAGUCGCACAUCCAUUGUUUUGAGAGUCGCCUUGCAAACAGCAUUGAGAAAAAGAAAGAAAGAAAGAAAAACACAGAAUAUAUUGCCCAUUUUCUUUUAAAUGGGGCUGUAUAUGCUGGGUGUCAGGGUUGAAAUGGCGUGUCGAGGAAGUGGGAAUGGAUUGUGGAUCCUGCUGAUAUUCUUACUGGAUUUACUGGGGACGACGGCCAGCAAUAUGGAGCCUAUCUACUGGAAUUCCCUGAACGAAAGGUUCAGGGACGAUAAGGGCUACGUCCUGUACCCUCAGAUCGGGGACCGGCUGGACCUCAUCUGCCCUCCUCUGGACACCGCCAGGUCCACACCGGAGUACGAGUUCUACAAGCUCUACCUAGUGUCGUCGCGGGAACAGGCGGACCGCUGCGAGGUGACCGGCGCCCCCAACAUCGUGCUGACGUGCGACGAGCCCACCCGCGAACGUCGCUUCACUAUCAAGUUCCAGGAGUUCUCGCCCAACCUCUGGGGGCACGAGUUCAAGAGCAUGCACGACUACUACAUCAUCGCUACGUCAGAUGGGACUCGCCAAGGCCUGGAUAGCAUGAGAGGCGGAGUGUGUGCCACGCAAGGCAUGAAGGUGGUGCUGAAAGUGGGGCAGAGCCCAUAUGGGCUUCCGAAGAAGGACCCGCCAGCGGGACGCACCACCAACAGAAACCCAGGCGGCACAGGGAACUCCACCCAGUCUCGAGGACCCAACAGCGGUAACUUCGGGAACGAGGGCGGUGGCGAGAACGGGCCCCUUCAACCCUCCAACAUCGCCCUCAUCGCUGGUGCCGCAGGAGGCUCUGCCUUCCUCCUGCUCGUAACCGCCGUGAUCUGCGUGGUGUGCUACAGGCGGCGGCACGCCAAGCACUCGGACACCCACCACCCUCCACUGUCACUGUCGUCGCUCACCAGCCCCAAGAGGGGAGGAGGCGGUGGCAUCUCCAGCUCCAACAAUAACGGUUCAGAGCCCAGCGACAUCAUCAUCCCCCUUCGGACGUCGGACUCCGCCUACUGCCCGCACUACGAGAAGGUGAGCGGAGACUACGGACACCCCGUCUACAUCGUCCAGGAGAUGCCGCCUCAGAGCCCGGCCAACAUUUACUACAAAGUAUGAGACGGCCACUGCUCCGGCCGACUGGACACAUCCACCUCCCUCUACCCAUUACCAACCGAUCCCCUGCUCCAAAUGAAGCCACAGCAAAGCUCGCCAUCACAGCUCCGACCCUGAACCCCUCAAUACUACCAGUAUUGUCCCAUGGACCCCCCACUCACUGCCCCGUGAGCCCGGCCACAGUUGUGUUUCUAGCUGAAUAAACCACCCCACCCCAUUCUCACACAACUGGGCCACCAAGUGUGCGUUAAGGGCAACGUCGUAUUCGUACAUAGCCCUUCCUAACAAGGCCCUCACGAAUGGGCAAGAGCCUCUGAGUGCCCCCUUCUUGUUAACUCAGAGUUAAAAGAGCCCCACCCGUGCUGAAUUGAAGAGUCGUCCCCAUAACGCCAGUCUGUGUGUGUGUGGCAACACACUUUAUUCGAGGAGUAUGGACCUGGCCUUGGGACCUGAGAUGUUUUACAAAAGAAAAAGAAAAAAAGAGACUACAACUAAAAAAAAAAAAAAAAAA